CCUUCCACAAUUGUUAUAAAAGCUGUUUUCGAAGCGCGCGCGUUUCAGAAUUACGUAUCGAGCUGAACAGAACAAGAGAGCAAGAGCGCGCAGGGAGCCCAAGUGGAGUUUGGGUGCUGUGUGCGGGGACUCGAACCCACGCUCUUUCUUUCCUUCCUCCCCUCUUUUUUCCAGCCCUCUGGAACUCCUUUUCCUUCUUUAAAAACAAUCCUUUUAUUUACGCCCUUUACUUUCAUCCCCUGCAACGUUGUCCCUUCAAACGAACAACUCGACACAACAUGGCUGCCGUGGCGUUCGUUCUUCUGCUCGUCUCUUUCUGCUUCCUCGUGCACACUGGUGCAGCGAUAUCCUGCAUCAAGUGUGGUGACCUGUUCACAUUCAAGAAGGAGUGUGGCGAAGUCACGAACAAGGCCAAUCACCUUGUGGAGUGUGAUCCUGAUGUGACAAAAUGUUACUCCAUGAUAACACCUCUGAUGGGGAAGGUUGCGGUGCGAGGCUGCUACACGGACGACGUGAAGUACUUCUGCAAUGCAUUUGGUGCAUGCGAGAAGUGCAGCAACGACUUCUGCAAUGGCAAGAGCAACCUCAAGCACAAGUUUCUGAAGGCAAAGUACAUCUAGGACCUGUGGAAGAGAGAUGGAGAGAGAGAGUUCACGGUGGUUUUCGAAGUUCCUUGUUCGUCGAGUUGACGAGUCUCUUGUUUCCCACACGCUGUUGACAUUUUUCUACCACUGUCAGUAAGAACUUAAAAGGUUGGAAACCAAAUUUGAAGAACAUGAUUAACUUUUGUUUCUUUGUACUUUAGGACUAGCCACUAUGGUUUUCAAAAAAAUUGUUUUAAAACUAAGUAAAAUUUUGCAUACAUAACUAGUUAAAAAAAAGUAGCAAGAUUUUUUUUAAAAAGGCUACAAUGAUCAGGUGCAAAGGAAUACUUUUUGCUUGUUAGUUAAAAUGGAGGGAAGAGUCUAUAUUUAUAUAUAUUUUUAAAAAAAAUUUUUUUAAGAUUUUUAAAAUUUCGGUAGCGUUCUAGAACAAACGUUUUGAUUCAUGUGGAGUUAAUAUGUUUGUCAAGUCGUGCAAGCUGUUGGGCAACUGGAUAAGUCGAGUCCUCUCUCGUCUACACGUUUCACCAUGUUAUAAGGGACCUGGGAGAUUCCUUGUUGGUUGAACACCAGCUUGCACCAAUUAAUUUUGUUCGUUCAAAAAGUAUUCCUGUGUGAUGUGUACAUACGUACACAUAUAUAUUAACAUUUGGGCACUGCUCAUGUGUUUGAAUUUUCGGAUGUCUUUGUAAAUUCUGAAUGUUGACUGCUGUGAGACUCAUAUUGUAUUAAAGUAUUAUUUAAAAUGUAUGUAUUAUAUGUUAAUUGUAAUCAUUCAACAGAAAAGUAUUUUUUUUUCUAUUUUUACAUAUUUGUAAUGGAUACUUUUUCACUCUGAAUGUGUGUUGUGUUAGGUUUAAACUCUCGCCAUGAAGAUGAAAUUUGGUUUCUCAAUAGGCAAAAUCCAAAAGUUAAAUUGUUUUGAAUGAAUACAUAUAUUCAUAGGAUGAUUAUUAAUAUUAGUUUGACUUUCUAUUUGUGUGAUUGAACAUAUUUGUUGCUUUUCUUUCAUAUUAUAACUUGCUAUUAACUGAAACAUUGAGUUUUUUUAUGUUUAUCAAAAUUGUAAAUUUUAGUAAUAUAUUUAGUACCUACUCUUUUUCAUAGUCACUUUAAAGGAAUAAAAAAAUUGUUAUAUAACUAAAUUUUUUUAGUAGUCAAUACAUCCAGCCUAAUCAUAAAAAUAUUAGUAGUAUCGUUUGUGAAUAAAUAUGUUUUUCAUAUCCUGAAAUAAGCUGCAAGUAAUUAAAAUAUAAAAUAGUAACAACUAAAUUUUUAUUAUAUUAAAUAUUUGUUAAUUACAGAGAGUACUGGUUUCAUUUGAUAUUUGAUACCAUGUAUAUACUAUAGUGUGACAGUGUUGUUAAAUUAUUUUGGCAGCAUUUGAUAAUGUUGCAUGACUGACUUCUUUUGUACGAAUGAUGAAAAGAAAGUAUUUUCAAUAAAAUUUGUAAAAUCAA